GUUUAUACGUUUGUGUUUGUACAGAGCUAUAUCAUGCCGAUGGCGUUAUUAAACAGCAAAUCUGGAGUUGAUAUGGAAGAGAAAUUACUUCUUCCAUACACUCAUAUCAAAAAAUUACCAACCAAAGAGUUUCGCAGGCGCAUCGAAAACUCAUUUAACCAUUGGCUGCGCGUGCCCCAGGAUAAGUUCGAAGAAGUUGUCAACAUUGCUGAGAUGUUUUACGUCUCUACCAUAAUUGAGGAUGACCUGCUCGACGGCACAAAGUUACGCCGCGGUGUUCCGACAGCUCAUUGCGUAUUCGGGCUACCGCAUGCAAUCAACGCCAUCCCUCACGUGAUAUUGCUGGUUCUGCAACGUUGCGUGUAGCUGCAUCCAAAAGCUGCCUCGAUCGUUUCCGAGGAGUGUGUAGAGUUGUUCAGGGGCAAGGAGCGGAGGUAUAUACGCGGGAUAAUUUUAUCUGUCCCACCGAAGAGGAGCACAUGGUGGCACAGGCAAAAAAAUGGCGUGGCAUAUUUAAUUUCUGUUUGCGUUUGAUGCAACUGUUCAGUGACCAGAAGACAGAUUACUCUAACUUAGUAAUAAAGUUAGGCAUGUAUUUUCAAGUGAGAGAUGAUUACUGCAAUAUAUGUAAGCCAAAGGCUUUACAAGAAUGUUCACCAGAUACCAAUGAGAAUUCUGGAGAUUUCUAUGAUGAUCUAACAGAGUCCAAGUUCACACUACCGAUUAUUCAUGCUACCAAGACGUUGAAACGUGACGCUGUAUUGAAUAUAUUAAAGCAAAAGACCAACGACCUUACGCUGAAGCAGUACUGCGUGUCUCUGUUGGAACAAGCCGGCAGUCUGCAGUACACUCGGGAUCUCUUGACUAAGCUCGAUUCCGAAUUGCGAGAUGAGAUUAAGAAGUUUGGAGGUAAUCCUCCUCUGGAAGCUGUUUUGGACGACCUUCUUACCUGGCGAGACACAUAAUUUAUAUUAUAAUCUAAAUAGCUACAUAUAAAUAUGUGUGAUAAUGUUAACAUUAAUAUUAUUUACCAUAUUUAAAGG